AUGGCGAAAAAGAGCACCAAGAAGAAAGCCGCGUCGAAGGGUUCGAAGAAGACCAGCGCCAAGGGUGUGGAGUCUCAAGCGGACUCCGCGGCACUCGAUUCGCUGCGCAAGAAGAUCGAUCGGAUCGACAAGAAGCUCGUCGCGAUCCUCAACGAGCGAGCUUCGUGCGUCGUCGAGGUGGGGGAGAUCAAGCGGGGCAGCGAUACUCCGAUCUACGCGCCCCAUCGCGAGGCGCAGGUGCUCCAGCGGGCGCUGGAUAACAAUCAGGGACCGCUCCCCGAUCGGACGAUUGAGGCGGUUUACCGCGAGAUGAUGUCGGGAUCGUUCGCGCUCGAACGACCACUGCGGAUCGGGUUCCUGGGACCUCCCGGCUCGUACUCGCAUCAAGCAUCGGUCAAGCAGUUCGGAUCGUCGGUGGAAUACACGGAUCUUCGAUUGAUCGGAUCGGUGUUCGACGAGGUCCGCCGAGGUCACGCGAACUACGGACUGGUCCCGAUCGAGAACUCGAUUGGUGGAGGGAUCACGGAGACGCUCGACGCGCUGUGGAGCAACGCGGGGAAGGUGCACGUGUACGCGGAGAUCCAGAUCGCGAUCCAUCACAUGUUCCUGAGUGAUGCGGAUCCAAAGCACAUCCGUCGGAUUCAUUCCAAACCUGAGGUGUUUGCACAGUGCCGGGAGUGGCUCAGUGCGCAGUAUCCUGACGCGACACUAUGUCCCGAUGCCUCGACGAGCCAAUCCGUCAAGACGGCAUUGGAAGAGAACAAGACCGCACGCUCGAUCGGCGCUGAUCCGGGAUCGGCGUCCAUCGCGUCUGAGCUGGCGGGGGAGCUCUACGGCGCUCCGAUCCUGUUUGAGGGGAUCGAGGAUAAUCCCGACAACAUCACGCGUUUCUAUGUGAUCUCCAAGGAACGAGCGGGACGCACGGGCGACGACAAGACAGCGAUCACAUUCGUGACGGAAGAUAAGCACGGGGCGCUGGUCGAGGUGCUCCAGUCCUUCCACAACGCGGGCGUGAACCUGAGCCACAUCGACAAGCGUCCAUCGGGACGCGAAAACUGGAACUACACCUUCUACAUCGAUGCCAACGGGCAUCGCGAUGAUCCGGAGAUGAAGAAGGCACUCAAGGACGCACGCGUCCACUGCAAAGAGAUCCAGGUUUUGGUGCGCGCUCUCGCUGAGAUAGGACGCCGCAAGCGUGCCCGUUUCCUGAUCCAUGGCUCGUCAUCUGUUCUGCACAAUGCGGCGCAGGUCUGCGGGAUCGAUCCGUUCUGGUGGCAAGUGGAUGAACGCUCUCCUUUGGUGUCGACGAUCCAGACGCAUCCGAUCGUGCUGCUCGAUUCGGAUCCACGGAUGAAAGAGGAAGGGAUCGAGUUCAGCUUCAAUGGCAAGCCGGAUCGCAUAUCCGGCGCAAUGAGCUUUCACUGGGUGAAGGACGCGAUCGAGGACACGAUGCGAGAUCCGAGCGAUCCGCUGCAUGCGCACGGGAUUGUCACGGCACCGAUCAACAAGCUCGCGUGGUCGCUCGCUGGGAAGAACUAUCCUGGACACACAGAACUGAUCGCUAAGACACUGGGACAGCGCCGAUUCGCGAUGAUGUUCGUUGGCAAGAAACUCCGCGUGGUGCUCGCGACGGUGCACAUCGCGCUCAACGACAUCCGCGAUGUGCUGACUAUUGGGAAGGUCCAUACCGCGAUCGAUCUGGGACACCAGGCGUGUCUGGAUCUCGGGAUCAGACGACCACGCAUCGCCGUGUGCGGGCUGAACCCCCACGCGGGCGAGGAUGGGUUGAUGGGCGACGAGGAGCAUCGCUUGAUCAAGCCUGCGAUUGAUCUCGCGAUCGAGUCGGGUAUACGCGUCGAGGGGCCCUUCCCAGCAGACACGAUCUAUCGUCCUGCGAUGGAGGGGAAGUACGACCUGGUUGUCGCGAUGUACCACGAUCAGGGUUUGAUCCCAGUCAAGUUGCUCGAGCGCGAUGAUGCGGUGAAUAUCACAUUGGGGCUUGGUGAUGUUGUGCGGACCUCUCCAGAUCACGGCACUGCGUUCGACAUCGCGGGCAAGGGGAUUGCUGAUCCCGGCUCCAUGAGCAGCGCAAUUGAUCUUGCGAUCGAGAUGUGCAAUGCGAAGAGGCAAACAGCUGCGAUGUAA